AUGUAUUUCCCUUUACCGGUAGCGGUAAUGCAGACUCACCCUGGGAACACUGUGGUUCAGCUACUUUGGAGGCGCGCGCUGCGAUGGAGCAAACGAACAAACAAGAUGAGCCGACCGGUGUCUUCACAGGCUUCCGCACCGCUUUCAAAUCUUUCGCUACAGAUGCUAUACACGUCGGUCAGGAGCCGGAACAGUGGAGCUCAAUGGCCGUAGUACCGCUGAUAUCCCUCUCUACUACCUUCAAGCAGCACUCACCGGGAAACCAUGCCGGCUUUGAGUACAGCCGGAGUGGAAACCCCACCAGAAACUGUCUGGAGAAGGCUGUGGCAGCGCUGGACGGAGCAAAGUAUUCUCUUGCUUUCGCCUCAGGACUGGCCGCCACAGUGACCAUCACUCACAUGCUGAAAGGGGGCGAUGGGAUCGUCUGCAUGGAUGAUGUGUACGGAGGCACAAAUCGCUACUUUAAAAGAAUUGCAGCUGAAAUCGGUCUGGACGUGACUUUUGCUGACUUCACUAAACUGGAGCUGCUCAAGUCCGCUCUGAAGCCCAACACCAAACUGGUGUGGAUGGAGUGUCCAACCAACCCUAUGAUGAAGGUUGUGGACAUCAGGGCCUGUUCUGAGUUGGUGCACGAGCACAACAAAGACAUAGUAGUGGUGGUAGACAACACAUUCAUGUCUGCGUAUUUCCAGCGCCCCUUGGCCUUAGGUGCAGACGUCUGCAUGUAUUCAGCCACCAAAUACAUGAACGGUCACAGUGACGUGGUGAUGGGUCUGGUUUCAAUAAACCGAGAGGAUCUGCACGAGCGACUAAAGUUCCUUCAGAAUGCUUUAGGAGGCGUACCAUCUCCCUUUGACUGCUACCUGUGUAACCGCGGGCUGAAAACGCUGCAUUUGCGAAUGGAGCAGCACUUUAAAAACGCUCUGGCUGCUGCUAGGUUUCUAGAGGCCAAUACCAGAGUGGAGCGUGUCAUUUACCCAGGUCUGCCCUCUCACCCACAGUACGAAGUGAUGAAGAGACAAUGCACCGGUUGUCCUGGGAUGAUUGCCUUCUACAUUAAGGGGAAACUCGAGCACGCCAACACCUUUCUUAGCAGCCUAAAAAUGUUUGCAGUAGCAGAGAGUCUUGGUGGAUAUGAAAGCUUAGCGGAACAUCCAGCCAUUAUGACCCACGCGUCAGUGUCAGAAAACGAGAGGGCUGUUCUGGGGAUCAGUGACACACUGAUCCGCCUCUCUGUUGGCUUGGAGGAUGAGGCUGACAUCAUUGAAGACCUGGACCAGGCGUUGAAGGCUGCUCAUCCCAAGAAGAAGUAAGUCGUCUUCGAGGCUGAGGGCCAUGAAACAACACUGAUCAACGCGUGCCGCCACUUUUUAGGGAACAAGUUGUUCUGAAAGACACAAAUCACAUGAAUAAUUAACACAAUUUUUACUUGAUGAUUUUUAACAGUUUUACUAAAACAUCAUUUGUAAUAUUUAUCGUAUGCUGGGUUUGCUUUGUUUAUGUUAGUGUUUUUUUUAAAGGAUUUGUUGGGGAAAAAUCUGUGGAAACUGUUUCUGCUAAAACCAACACAUGCACAUACGAACAGUACUUCAUCCAGUUUGCUCUUAAGAAGCAUGCAGCUGGAAUUGCAAUGUGAUUAAAACAAAUUUCAUGA